AUGAAGUUUCUCCCCAUCGUCAUCUCUGUCUUUGCCGCCACAUCUCUGGCGCAGAAUGGGUGUGGCUUCCCCGAUGGCCCCGACUGCGAGUCCGUCGGUGUCGGCGCCAACGGGCUGGAGCAGUUUGUCGACCCUGACGGAUGCUGUCUGUUGCCAUUCCGCUGUGGAAAUGUUGCUGGCGAGCUGUGUGAGCGAGUGAGCGGUAACAGUGCCGGCAACAACGGAAAUGGAAACACAAAUGGCAACGGAAACACCAACGGAAAUGGGAAUGGGAAUGGGAAUGGCUUCAACUUUGGCUUUGGGAGGAACAGGAACAACCGCCGACGAGUGUCACGAAUCUAG